AAAGGGAUCUAACUCUAUUCAUUACGCGCACACGACCCUUGCCACGCCCAUAGCAUCCUCACAAGCUCUGGCGUUUGUCAAUAAAUUCUCCCCUCACACCAGAAACUUUUUUAAGCCACGGGUCUAGAAGUUCAGUUACGUCUGCACUGUUKAAUCUAUACCCUAGUCAGGACAAUGCAACGCCGCAAAAGUCUAUUUGCGCCAUACAUCUCCAGAAACGCAGACACUGUUGCUGAUUUGAAAGUGCAAGUGCAUCCUAUAGACAUGCCACAUGGAGCUCUWGUGCAGACCAGUUGGAUAGAGGAGAGAGCAGAGCGCAGGAGCGAAUGUGACACGUGCGCUAUUGGGGAACUCAGAUUGCCAGGGCUCGGAUACAUCGAACAGGACCAGAGCACCAUCGACAGAGCGCAAAGGCGGCGGCGCAUGGCUGCCAACGCCCGGGAGAGGAGGAGGAUGCUCGGCCUCAAUGUUGCCUUCGACCGKCUCAGGAGCGUUAUCCCUAACCUGGAGAGCGACAAGAAGCUGUCCAAGUCAGAGACUCUUCAGAUGGCGCAGAUAUACAUAUCGACGCUCAGCGACUUGUUGCAGGACAGGCCCUGCGUAGCGGAAUUCAGCACCACUGAACUUGAGAGCACGGCGAAUGUGGACACGGCCCCAACGGGAAGGCCAACAAUGAACUCCACAGAAGAAGACGCAACUGUAAAACUACCUGGGCCAGGUACAUACAMUAUAUGUAGAGACAGUGGAAACGUGAUGCGCGCGCCUUUCGAAGAACAGAAGACMGAGCUGCGAGGGUUUAUGAACCUGUGGGAGAGAACUAGUGGCACAAAAUAACUGAUUGUAUUUGUUUGUGCUUACUAAUGUAUAUUUUUUCUUCAUACAAAACAUGUUGAUUCUUGUUUGAAACCUUAUGUAGAUUAUCUGGCUGAAGUAAAAACAUAUUUACGCAUCAAUAUGAGCUUUAUCUGAAAGCUUCGGCUUCUUUCGCAUGUCCAAACGUACAGAAGUGUCCAAAAAUACAAGAAGUAUCAGACACCGGUAUACUGAAAGUAGCAAUUUUUAUUCUAGUUAAAAUUAUAUACAGGUAACCAAAGACAUUCUUGAAAUUAGUACAAAGAUCAUGUUCCUGCAUUUGGCUUUGUAUACCUUUUUAAUCUGACUUUCAAAUAACACAACUGAGAAAUGCUGUAUAAAAUAAAAAUAGGAUUGGAUUCAGAAAAGUAGUCUACMAUUUCUAAUUUCCAAUAGGCAAUAUUUACAAAUGUAUUUACAUUAUUCCAUUCAUUUCCAGAUUUGUGAAUAAAGCUCUUGUAAACUUUAGAAGUGUUGAAAUAGCUUAGAAAGUACUGAUGAGGGUGUGUGUCAGCACAGCCAUGAGAAACAAAACGACACGGAAAUUACACACCAAAUGA